AUUGAUUAGAUGAUUUUAAUACUGAUAAUAAAGUAAAUAAAUUUAAUUUAAAUGAAAGAAGCCUUUUCUCCAAAAUUCAGAUUUGCUUUCGGUUCUACAUGCUCAACUCUAGCACCUAUUUAACCUUACAUUUCGGAUCCCAUUUAGUUCAAGUAUUAUAUAAUAUUAAAGAUAUCAUGUAGUACCUGCUACUUGAAUCAUUUUAGUUUAUCAUAACAGACCUUAAGGCUAUCAUUACUGGGAUUACUAUUGAAGAAGCUUUCUAUCUAGCGUUAGUUCUUAGACAAUCGACUCAAAAUUCAGAUUUCGAUAGAACUCAUAAAUUCAUAGGAACUAACUCUAAAUUUUUGGUAACCAACUGGAAGAAGUCAUCCACUCUGCCCAGCAAAGAAACAAAAACAAUAGGAAUUUAGGAAACAAUCCAUCUUGGCUCCCUUAAACCAACAUGGAGCCGUGUGAUCCCGGCCCGGAAAAAGCCAUGCGACAGUACCUAUCCCAACUGCUAGAGACGGGCACCACUCGAUCUGCAGGAUGCCUAGACCGCUUCAUAAUGAAGGGUAUGACCAAUUUUCCGCCUUCGUCGUCCAUCGAGGCAAAGGCCUCGCGUUGCUCGCUUUUCGAGCAGCUCUUAUGCGGCGGAAGCCGGAAAUCGGAGCGUUUGCUUGUGCCCGAUCUGGCCACAGAAUGGUUUCGCAAGCAGAAAGUUUUUCUGGACAAGUUGACGCCGGAAGAGCUGGCCGCAUUAAGUGACGGUUUGGCGGAUAAGAAUAGCAAGGGUUCUGGCCAGAAGCAGGAACACCAAGGGCGGCGUUGUUGCUCUCCAUCUCGCCAACAAGCCAGCAAGUGCGGAUAUUCAGGUCCAGUAGCAACUGAAAAGAAGGAUACCCAGGAUCUAGUAGGCAAGGUUGCAGCAUGUAUUCCUACCACGGAACCCCGCGUGGGCAAUCCCUUUCUGCUCUGCAAUAACCAAACGGAGGAAUCUGGAAACACAACUCCCAGUCGAAGUACCAAACGAGGCAAUUGCUUCUACCUGAAACCUAGAGCUGGUUCAUCCUGUGACUGCAUCUUCCAGGCCGAUGGACAACCCAUGGCCAGUGAUUGCUUACGAGCGCGACGGACGGAGCCGCUGUUGCCGCGCCUGCGUCGCAAGUUCGACUUGCGCCAGGCGCCACAACGUCGGCUCGAUCCGGCGCGCUUUCGACGCAUCUCGCCGGAGUUUUUUCGCAUCCUGUCCAGCUACGAGGCAGCCAUGAGCGAGAGUUGUCCGCUUUACGGCAUAUCGAUGCAUCACUGGGGUGAUACCGAAGCCUGUUGUCCAUGCGGAGAGCGUCAUCCCCAUUUGAAGAAGCGCUUUCUGGGCGAUGAUACUGUAGCCACUGCCGCUGUGCCUCCAUGUUGGGCAGGAUUAGAGUCUAGGCAUCCAGAGAGGGAGUGUCAGGAGACCGUGCAGACCACCAAAAAUAAUACAGAGAAGCCUUCACCGCCGGUCAAGAAGAAUGUUGCUAAGGGAGCUCCUUCCAAGGAGCAAACAGGUAAAAGGGAAAAGAAGAUCGGGACUCAUGGAAACAGGGAUGGAGCAUUGUCUUCUGAGGGCGAGACCCAGGAACAACAGCGUUGGGCGCAGGAAGACGAACAGCAAGGGAACGAGGAGAGGCAGGUGGAUAGGCAGAUGGAUAGGCAGACGGAAAGGCAGGUGGACAGGCAGGCGGGUUGGCAGACGGAUAGGCAGACGGAUAGGCGUAUGGAUAGACAGAUGGAUAGGCAGGAGGAGCGGAAGGAUGGAUGGCAGGAUGAAAGCAAGCAGACAGUCGAAUCGUAUGAGUAUCGUCGGGCUGAAGAUCGGCAGUGGCGAAGGGCUAACGAAACGCCUAAUCCUAAUCCAAACCCUAAUCCGCCAGAGAGGCGAAGGAUAUUCCAGAACUGCUUCCGCCGUCAGCCGCCGACAUAUAGGACUGGUUACAUUCCCUCAAAUUUUGUGCCACUGCCGGCUAAACAAUGUACUUCCUCGUCUCAAACAUGUGCUCCGUGUUCUUCUCCAUCUGCUUCGAUUGCUAAUCGCCAUUCUUCUCCCUCGGACUCCCCUCAAACUCAAAGUGGACACCAACCCAAGGGCAUUCUUGGCGGAUUCACUGGUAUCUGUAAGCGCUGCAUCGAGCCAGGACGCCAUUUGCUUUACAACAUGAAUGGCAAUUACCAGCAGAACCGGGAGCGGUACGAACAGAUGCGUCAGAACAAGAAACGGCAGGAGGAGCGCCAAACAAAGGUCCUCGCCUCGCAGCCGGCGCCGUGCAGUUGGAAAAAGGGGAAGGAAUGUUGGAAUGCGACGGUCGAUGAGGGGGUCAGCAGUACCACCUUAAGACCCCAAGUCCAUCCUGACUCUGACUGCCAGAACUGUCCCCAGACAGACGAAGCUGUCCAGUCGAAAAGCGAUCAGUCUUUGCCGUUUCGGACACCCGCUAGCGAGCGCACUUUGGCGGGAUGGAGUCAAACGGCAAACCAGAAUUCUAGUGAUCAGCAGCAAGUAGGCGUGGCAGAAAGCCAACUAUACUGUAAAUGCUGUCUACCGCAGGAGUCCUUCCAACUACCGCCAGCCAACAGAUGCACAUGUACGCCUGAUAACCCAGAACAAGAGGUGCUCCAAAGUUCCGAGGUUCAGAGGAAGUCUUCCAGCGAGGCGGACUACGCCAAAUGCGGUCAUCGUAUUCGAGCCUGCUAUAUGGCUAACGACUUCCACCAGCUAAUGCGACGGGUGGCCAAAAAGAGACCAAGAGCUAAGAGCCAAGCUUCUGCUAGAACUAAGUCGUCGAGCCCGAAACCUUCAAGUAGAGCUCCAAGCAAAUCGAAAGAGCAACCUGUUAAACCAGAUGUGUCAGCAGUUUCUCCCAAAUCCCCGAUAAGCAAGCGUGCGCGAAGUAAAUCUCCAUGUACAUGUCCGGCACUACAACCCAAGGCCCCAGUCAAGACCCCAGUCAAGACCCCAGUCAUGACCCAAGCUAAACCAAAAGUUAAGCCGAAGCCAAAAGGCCGGUUAACAAGUGUUUUCCCAGAGGAAGGCAUCACCAAGCACAUGGCUAUCACUCCAGAUCCCGCGGAGGCUCCUAAGCUUCGGUGUGUUCGGAAAAUCAAGAAAAACAAUGAAAGUCGUGGGUCCAGCCAGGACUCUGCAAGAAGAUCCUCUUCCGCCAAGGGCAACAGUUCCCUUAGCCUGAAUAUCUGCCAGGCGCGGAGCGAUAUUCCAUCACUAAGAAACCAUUCCCAGGAGAAACCAAGAAGCACUCAAAAGGAGGUUCAAAGCCCCUAUUCUUCAAGUCCCAGUUCCCAUCAUCAGAAUGAGAGGAAUCCAUCUAGAAAAUCACCAAGCAGAGAUCGAAAACAGGAUUGGAGGGAAAGUCAAGCAAAGAGCUUCCCACAAGAGCUGCCUUCAAAGUGGAAAGCAAGCCCAAAAAGGAGUAAGAAGAGAUCACCCUCUUGCUAUUCCUCCUGCAGCUCCUCUGGACGAUCGCGUAGAGGUCGUUCCUCCAGCAGUCACCGCUGUAUGUCCGGACAAGUCAGUGCAGUAAGUAAGUUUUCCAAGUACAAGUCCUGUUCGACUUCGGAUGCUCCUAACAUCUCGGAUGCUUCCCACUGGUCACAAAAGAGUUCAGAUGGUUAUACUAGGGAGAAUCCACCUAAGAAGCCGGAGCGAAGGCAAAGAUUUGAGUCAAAAUCUUCUUAUCCCUCAACCUCAGAUGGUUACUCCAAUCAACAUUCGGGAGUGUGGGAGCUGGAGAAUCGCCCAGCACCUGGCCAAAGUUCGUCCUUAAAGUCGGCCAUGAAGAGGACGACUCCAUUUCAACGGCCAGCUAAACCAGUUUUCGGCCUCAGUGCAGUAGAUCCCUCGCAGAGCAACUAUUUCCCCAGCAAUGCUCCUUCUCACUUGGAAACGGGUCGCCGCUACUACACCGACACACAGCCAGAAGGCCAGACGACGGGUUCCCAGUGCAGCUGUCGCUCUUUACGCUCCACUAGCUCCAUCCGGGCACUUUGCUCCAAUACUGAAAGUGUACGGUGUCCCUGUGCUCCGGCACCAUCGGUGGCCAGUGUAGAGCCACCUCAAGAGGUAAUCAAUGCGGAGGAGGUGGAUGAGCAGUACUCUUGCUGCAGAUACCACAAUCCUUCUCUGGACAAGCUAGUGGAGGAACCAUAUCUCCAGCCCAUUACCUCUCCUCCUCCGUGCACCUGCAGACACCCAAAGGCAAAGUUCUUUAGUGAAACUCUAAGAUGGGAGCCACAACAGCACCACCAUGCCCGCACUCUACUGCAUACCCAUCGGCCGCCGCCUCCUAAGCCCCAGCCAUUGGAAAGAUAUCCUCAGUGCCAUGCACAGAACGCACCCGUAGAGCAGGAGUGGGUUCCUGACUAUCCAGCCCCGUGUUCCUAUCCAGACGUUACUAACCAAAGUUGGGAAGAUCAGGUUGAUAGUCCGCCAUAUUACGGACAAAAUACGUAUCCCAUGCAGGAGGUUCUGCACGAGAAUAGUCAAAGGAAUAGCUCUUACCCAGGUCAAACGAACGGCAUUACCAGGCGAGGAAGGGACAGAGCUGGUGCCAUAACCGCCGCUGCCCAUGGUCUUCGAGGUUUGGUCAAAGCUUUGGGGGGACCUCGACAUAGGUCGAAGCGCAAUCCCCAUUUGGAUUUAUAUCAACAAGGUGGCUAUUGUGAGGACCAGGUGGCGGUAGGAAAGCAGUGCCCGACUACCUCAAGAUCUCAAAAUCAUCUCAGGGCAGUUCACCCAAAUAAUACUUCUCAUUACCAAGAUCAAGAGCCUAUCUACAUGGGAGCAUCUACUUCGGCAUACCAUCCCAGAAACAAUCACUUGGAGAAUCCCAAUUUCAACAGCUACCAGGGAAGGAACCACAUCAUGGUUGAUGAAGGGAACUACCAGCCAGCAGUGCUCGGCGGAUGUAACUCAAGAAGAAACACGGAUAGGGAACGAUCCUGGUUUCGAAUGCAAGCUGGAGAAGAUUUUCAAACCGAGUCGAAGCUUAAAAGAACCACUCAAAUCCCCAAAGGAGGACGACAAUCUGGAGGAUCUUCCACCCACAUCGAUGAACCCACGCCCCUGGCCAUAUUCUUGGACAGUUUGCUGGCAAAUCGCGUCGCGUCUGGAAAUACCCAGCAGUCUGCUCCAAAAAUGGUUCCCCAGAGAAGAAAUCGCUAUACCUCGUCUUCCAGUGAUGAUGACGCCGAUGCCGAUGACAGUCUGGAUUGGCGACACCUAAGACAACGCAGACCCUCCGAGGAGACCAUGGUAAUACCAUCCACCUACACAGGUCUCCUUGAAGAGCAAGUCCUAGGCGAAUAUCUGCCCAGUCCACGGUCCAAGCGAAGGGCAAAAGACGAACUGCAGCAGGGUUUAAAGAGAUCAAAAUAUCAAUAAACCUAAUCCAAUAAAGUAAAUGUGAGCUAUCCUGA